UGCGGUUACACCCCACAGCUCCCACUACUCGUCUCUCCCAUCAUGGCCUCGCUGCUGCUCAACCACCUCCUCUGCAUAUUAGCCCUCUCCACAGCUGGACUCCUGGCGCAGGAGGAUGGACUCCCCCCACCCGUCAAACCCGAGCCAAGACAAGCAUCCUGCAAUUUUGCUUACGGUUUCACCUCCGUAGGACAGCAGGCCCUCCUCCAGUCGCCCGGAUGGCCCAAUAACUACCCAGCGUCGUCCGCCUGUAGAUACUCGCUCACUUCUCCGGCAGGGACGCUCAUCUCCCUCCAGUGCACCGAGUUCAACGUGGAGUCCUCCUCUGGCUGCACCUACGACGUGUUUUACUUCUCCCCCAGUGGAGACUCUGCCUUCCGCGAUGCCCUCCGAACCUGCGGCAGGGGGACGUUCUCCCGCAACUCCACCACCAACGCGCUCACCGUGGGCUUCGACUCCGACGCGGGCAACCCCUACUCUUCCUACCCCUACAGAUUCCAGUGCACUCUGACCGUCAUCCAAGGCACCUCCUCCUCCGCCGUCGUCGUCGCACCCACAACGGCAGCUCCACCCCCACCACCACCAGCCCCAACCACUGCUGCUCCUCCACUCCCACCCACUAACUCCACCUGCGAGUGUGGCGUGAGAAACGAGGCGACACGAAUUGUCGGAGGAUCCGUCGCCUUAGUGAACGAGUUUCCGUGGAGGUGCAAUCUCUACAGUCCCACCAUGGGCGUCUUUUGUGGAGCGACCAUCAUUUCCAACUCUUACGUCGUGACGGCCGCCCAUUGUACCGCAGCUGUUCCGGCGGGAACCGUGUACUACGUGGACUGUGGGGAUCAUGACAUUACCUCCAAUACGGAGUCGACCAACGUAGUGAUCCAAGUGGCGCAAGUCAUGCAACACGCGCAGUACAACAAGGAAACGCAGGACAAUGACAUUUCCGUCCUUCGUCUGCAAACCCCGCUCACCUUUUCCCGCAACAUACAGCCAAUCUGCCUCCCCUUCAAUCAGGUGGGUCAGUCUGUGGAUGGUCUCACCGUCACGGCGUCCGGCUGGGGAACCGUCUCGUCGGGUGGGAGCCAGUCCGUCGUUUUGAAGAAGGUCGAUCUGCCCGUGCUGGGAACUACGCAGUGUCAAAAGUACUACGGAACAUCCGUUACGGACAAUAUGAUUUGUACUUAUUCUCCAGGAUCUGACACAUGUCAAGGCGAUUCUGGCGGCAGUGUCGACUACAAACAACCCGCCAAUGGACGCUACUGCCUUUUGGGAGUCGUGAGUUGGGGGGUCGGCUGCGCUGGGGUCAAUCAACCCGGAGUCUAUGCCAAAACGACCAAUUACCUCGGAUGGAUUGCCGCCCAGACCACUGGGACGACAUUCUGCAGACCUUAAACUCCACCACCACCACCACCACCUUCUCUCUUCUUAACAUGCAAAAUUAUUCAAAUUCUUACCUCAUCAAACAAUAAAGUCAUGCCAAUUGAUUGUGUAAUGUUUAAAAUGCAAAAAAAUCAACAACUCAUUUCCAUUUCA